AUGCGGCUAAAUGUCUGUCCAAGGAUAGUAGGCUCGUCUGAAGCAGGCGCCAACGCUGCUGCUGCUUUACUACGCCACGGUCAUUUCUAUAAAGUUGCUAUAUCCAGCUCCGGUGCGCAUGAUCAGACACUUUCCAACUUAUGGUGGUCGGAGCAGUGGCUGGGUUAUCCAGCCCAUGAGGCGCCUGCUGAAAAUUCAAACACAAUCCACGCGAAGAAGCUCCCUGAUCACGCAAAACUAAUGCUCAUUGCCGGAGGUAUGGAUCAUGCACUGAACCCUGCAUCGGUUAUGAGGUUUGUCCAGGCACUCGAUAAGUGUAACAAGAUGUACGAGCUGGUUUUUAUUCCAGAUGUCGGGGAUGAAUGCGGCUCAGAGACUUAUGCACCCAUGCGAGCAGAAGCGUUCUUGAAAGCCAACUUAGGCUCUUGA